AUUUUUAUUUCAAAAAGUGAAAUGCAAAACCAUGAGCUCACAGACCUCAAGAGUUGUUUGACAGAUUCAUUACUUCUUAUGCUUAUAUCUGGUUAUAACAACCAAUACAUUGUUACUGUAUUCCUGGAGUUUUGGAAGUGGAAGAAAAUUAAUCCAGUUUAGUUGUCAAUGAAUGAACAGUGGGAAUAGACUGCUCCUCUGCCAGCUCCGUCCCACAUGCACAGGCCAUGUCCAGCUCUCUCCAAGCUGAGUGUCCCUCUGCAUUUGCCUUCCAGGGGAGCAAGAGCCCUUCACUGAAAUCCUCCCACCAUGCUGCGGCUGCUGCUGCUGCAGGUGUUGGCCAGCUGCCUCUGGCUGGGACACAGCAAGGUGGUGAACUCCUUUGCAGAUUGUCCUAGGUUUUUCUACAGGAAUAUUACCCCAAAUGAAGCUCUGGAGCCACAGAACCCAGCCUGGAUCUGCCAGCACUAUAAAAACCAGUACCACUUCGCCACCCUGUACGACAGAGAUUUGCGCAUUCCCGUGUACUCUGCUUACAUCUACCAGCCUGGACUUGGAAACAGAUCUAGCUUGUGGUUUGUUGAACCUCAGCUGAUCAACCCAGCUUAUUCCAAGGAUAUGGAUACAGAGACGUCCAUCAGUAAUCGAUACAAGAUCACUCCACAGCAAAUUGGCCAGAGUCAGGCUAUCAGCCAAGACUACAAAAACCUCCAGGGUUUGGACCGUGGUCACUUGAGCCCCAGUGGCCAUCAAAGUGGCAACAACAGCAAGUGGGCUACCUUCACCCUCACCAACAUAGUGCCCCAGAACAGCACACUCAACAAGGGCCAGUGGAAAGACUACGAGAACCAAACAAUGGCUCAGAAAACCCAGGGCUGUACAACCACCUAUGUGAUCACGGGUGCUGUGCCUGGGAACACCUACAUCUCCAAUAAGAGGGUUAAUGUACCCAGCCACAUCUGGUCAGCUGCCUGCUGCCAGACCAACACCAUCAUGAAGACUUGGGCAGUCAUUGCUGAAAACAGCAAUAACCACGUCCAGAACCUCACACUGGCACAACUGGAGGCCAACUUGUCCCAGCUCUAUGGGAAGGGACAGGUUUCUCUGUUCCACAGUGCCUGUCCCUGAUAACAAACCUUAUAUCCUGGGUGGAAAAGGCUCAUGAGCUUUUCCCACAUGUCAUAGAAUCACAGAAUGCUUUGUUUUAUGGGACUUCAAAGAUCAUCUUGUUCCAUCGCUUUCCCUGUGCAGUGACACCUUCUACUACACCAGGUUGCUCCAAGUCCCAUCCAACCUGGCCUUGAACACUUCCAGGGAUGGGACAGCCACAGCUUCUCUGCUCACCCUGUGACAGGGCCUCACACCCCCUCAGUACAGAAUUUCUCCCUAACAUCUCAUGUAACCCUGCCCUUUGUCAGUGUGAAAUCAUUCCUUCUUGUCCUGUCACUCCAUGCCCUUGUCCAAAAUCCCUCUCCAGAUCUCUUGGUGAACUUCUAGGUAGUGGAAGGGGAUCGAACUUCUCUCCACAGCCUUUUCUUGCCAAGGCUGAACACCCUCAGCUGUCUCAGCCUGUCUCUAGAGCAGAGACAUUCCAGACCUUGAAACAUCUUCAUGGCCUCCAUGGGACUCCACUCCAAUAUGUUUUUUGUCCUUCUCAUGUUGUGGGCCCCAGAGCUGGACACAGCACUCCAGGUGCAAGGACCAGAUUCUGGACAACCUGCUCUAGAUCAUCCUCCUUGACCAAGGGUAUGGACUAGAAGAUUUUGAGAGGUCCCUCCCAUGCUCAACAAUUCAGUGAUUCUGUGAUCCUGAGACAUGCUUUUGUUUGCUUGCUUUUGAAGCUACACCUUUAGAGCAGCACCUGCGGUAUCAGACAGGCAAGCUUUGGCAUCAGAUAAAUAGAAAGCUUUGAGCAGCCAAAGCUGAAUUUCUGUGAUGCACUGCUUGGAUACCUUUAUUCUCUGCCCUCCUUCUGAAGCUUUUCUGCAAAAUUAUAGGGAACUGAUCUGGGGAAAUGUGUUCAAUAUAUUCAAUGUAUUCAAUGUAUUCGAUAUCAUAAUCAAAAGAUCAUCACAGGACAGAUCAUUUAGUUCCUGAGUAGUUCACAAUAAAAAUUAUUUGCUGCAGUGCUGGUUUGCAGGGUCAUCUCAUGUAUAAACCACAAGUUCCUUCUCGCUGAAAUUUCUACUACCAAUAAUGCCACAGUUCCUAGGACAUUAGUCUGUGGCUUGAGACCACACUCAUCCUCAUCCCUGCUCAUCCCAUGCCCACUGCUUCUGCUUUCCAAGCUCUGGAACUAUGGAUGAUUGACCAACCCCAUGAAUCCCACCUCCAUCACCUCUUUGGGCUGGCCUGGGGACAUUUAUCCCAGGCAGUACCCAGAAAUGCCCUGUCCUCCACAGCAAGC